GGCCUUUAAUAGUGCACUUUUUGGUUGGGUGCAACGGUCAUGACCACAUUCGGUGCAAAGCUUGAACAUUUGCUAUGCUCCAGAGCUGAAAUUAUCAGCCGGAUGCAUAGACCGCCUCCAGCUGAGGGAAAUGAUUUAGAAAGACUUUUAAAUUUGCCUCCUGGGAAUAAUCCAGCCACUCAUGCUCCUCCACCAAAUGCUCCUGUAUGGCCAGAUGAACAAGCUGCAGCAUUUUGUGCUGUAGCUCCGCCUAUCGAAACGUUUAUGGAUGUUCCAGAUGAAAUACGUCGAGAUCAGUUUUAUGCCACCUGUCGACGGGAUGAUAUAUUGGUGGGUGCAGUCAGUGUUGUUCAAGACUCUGGCCUUGUGAUCACUAUUUUGGCCUACGACCAAGGACCACGGCGUGAUUUUGAGGGACUUAAGAUAACGGGCUUCUGUCCACUCAGACAACUUCCACGAUACAACACACAUGGGAAUGCGUUGGAUGCCUUUCAGAUUGGGGAUAAAGUCCGUGCAUUCAUUCUUGAUAUUCAUGGUGGUGGACGCUUAAUUCUGAGCAUGAAUUCAAAGAUGCUUAAUCGAGAGAUUUACGGGGAUCUCAAAUUGGGUAUCAUAACUGACGACGAUUUGCCAUUGUAUUACAAAAAACUUCAAAAUUUAGAUGGAAAAUCCUAUGAGGCAUAUCUUGAAUCAACUCCACAAUUUCGUAAUCCAGAUGGUCUACAGGUCCUAUGCGCUCGUAUGGGGAUACCGAGGUCUUCAGCGUGUAGUCUAUUAUUUUGUAUUAAUAAAAUUCGUUUGCCGAAAUCUGAAAUGGCUUGUGAACUUAGACGAACACAACUUUUAAAUUUCUCAAUGAAGCAUGUUGCUCAGGGUGUAAAGUAUUUCAAAGAGAGUCGUAAUACUGAAGCUUUACAGUGUUACAAUUUCGCUAUCGAAGUUGAGCCUACCAAUCCAGAUGCAUAUGUGGCUCGUGGUGCUCUGAUCGGACGUAAAGAGAUCAGCAAAGCAGAACAACUGUUAAAUCGAGCGCUCAAAUUAGAUCCUGAUAAUGUUGAAGCCAAAGACGCCCUGAAGGAAUUACAGACGAAUGGAUCUUUAUCGUCGAAUAAAGAUGCCGGUUUGAGAACCUGGUCACGCAGUCCAUCUCCACGUGGCAGUGCUCAUGGUUCAAUACGGAAUGCAGCCGGUGGUACUCGACGUGAUCCAUCACCUCUUUCUCCAGUUGGUAGUGUUACACGUCCAAGUGAACGAGGCGGUGGUGGUGGUUAUGCAACUCACAUGGAACGUAGUCGGGCUGCUUUGGAACAACUUGUUGAAAAAGAUCGAAGUCGACGAGCUGCUGCCUCUACCAAAGAAGGCGGUGGUCGUCAAAAUCAUACUUUAUCAGAUCAUAGUCCUCCAGGAUUCUAUUCUCCAAAUCGUUCUCAUGACCAUCGACGAAGGGGUGGAGGUGAUUAUUCACGUGAUGAUAUAAAAUCUACCGGCGGAGGAGGAGAAAAGGGUGGUGAUAAAUCAGACAAAUCAAACGUGGAUCAUCAUCGUGGUGACUUGUCCAAAAUUGUUAUUACACGUGUCGAGUCUGGACGUAUUAUACGCUGUAAAGAUGACGAUGACAUGGGCGAUGACUCGAACAGAUCGGAUAACUAUUGGAAGCGUUCCUAUGAUGAUGAUCGGCAUGGUCCGGAUAAUGCAAAACGAAGUCGAGUUGAAGCAGAGCCAGAAUAUCGCAGUACUCGAAGAGUGUUUACACCCCCACGGAAUGCCCGUGAAGGCGAACACGGUUCUCUUACUGUUUAUGAUAAUGAAAAUGAUCUUCCAAUGACGUCGAAAUGUCUACAAGAACGUGUUAUGCAACGUGUACGUGUUAUCGAGAGACGUCACCAAAUGGAAGAUGGAGGUAAUCCGGUUGGUGGAGCAGAUGGUGCACCAGCGAAUGGCCCCGGUGUGGUUGGCGGUGGUGGGUCGGAAAAGCGUCGUGAAAGUUCACUGACCACAGAUGAUGCUGGGCCGCCGCCAUCGGAUUCGCCUAAAGGAAGAGGUGGAGAUGGCGAUCGUAGUUCAUUAUGGCGUAGUGGUGGGAAUGGUCCGUCGGGUGGUGGUUCUUCUGCAGAUCGUCGAUCUGGUGGUUCAUUCCAGCGUCCAGAAUAUCGUGGAAGUGGGGCUGGUGGUGGUUAUUAUGGCAGAAAUCGACCCCGUGGCGGUGCUGGAGGAGGGUCUAGAUGGCGUGGUCAAUAUGAUGACUAUCGUGUACGUCGGAAUAACUGGCACAAUCAUCGCUAUGAUGAACGUAGACGUGAUGCAUCAGGUCGAGCUGGAAGUGCCACCAAUUUUGAACGUCGUCGGAAGCGUUAUGGUGCAUCAGGAUCAGUAGAGCGAUCACCUAGAUCAUCUCGUUCCCAUUCAAGGUCACGUUCACAUGUGUCAAAGAGUCGAUCCCGAUCAUACUCACGUAGUCCUCGAUCUUCUUCACCAUCUCCAUCACCUAUCCGCCCUGUUAAUCGUGGACGUGUGAUAUCUCGUGCUCGUAUAAAAACGCCUCCAUUGGCACCCCUCGUAACCAAUUUUAAACGUAGUGAGUCAGACGAGAAUCUCGCUGAAUUAGAUCAGUUUGUUGCCCAGUUGAGAGCUAAACGUCAGCUACAACAACAGUUUCAACAACAACAAUAUAUGGCUCAAUUUCAAGAGAUGCAAGGUCCAACUGUAAACACUCCAGCUGUAGCACCAACAGCCCCUUCAUCACAGCAUCUGCCAUCCGCAGGAGAAUAUGGCCAACAGCACCAGUCGCAGGCGUCAGCACAGAAUAACACCAGUCCACUGAAAAUCACCUAUCGUCGAAGUGAAGUAGAACAGGAAGAGAAUAGAGGAGGAGGUGGAGGAGAACAUGGAGCAGCCUCACAAAAUGACUACAACAAUGGCGGUGGGCAUGACUCCCCAAUGCAAGAAGACUCCCCAGAACCUCCACAAGCUCAAUCACCACCACCUCCUAUCAUGGAGAAUAAUGAAGAUUACUCGGUGAAAGGCGGCGAAGAUGAUGGCAAUAUACCAGUAGAAAAUGCAGCAGCCUAGUGUGUUUGUUGAUUGUUCCGUGUUGCUGUUGUUGUUCUUCUGAUUUGGUUAGUUGGUUUGUUUGUGUUUCAUAUUGUGUAGAAUUGUUCAUCAGUCAGUCAAUCAAUCGGUCGAUCCGUGAAAUCGAUCGAUGAAUAAAUUUAAUCACUGUAUUUUUCUGCAUCCCUAUUCCACCAAAAAGAGGUGAAAAAUUGAAUUUCCGAAUACAAGUCUUUUAUUCGUGAGAUGAUGAGUGUGUGUUUUUUGUUUCUGUGUUGUCGAUAAUGUGUGGGAUUCGAAGACUGCAAUAAAAUGCGCGUGAAUCACUGCGGGGGGAGGGCGUGAAGUCUAUUAAAUUGUCCAACAAAACUGUUAGUAAUGAGGGUGUUGAUUGAACAAAUUUCUAAAUAAACAUAAUAUUAAAAGUCGGAUUGGGUGUGAGGGCAAAUACUCGCCACCACUGACAUUGGCUAGUUCC